GAGGAGUCCAUGUCCCCUCUUUGGUCUAGCAACUGUAGCGUUGUCAGCCUGUCCAGACCCACUCUUCACUCCAAGUCCCCCACUUACACAGACCCCAGCACUCUGCUCUACAUUGACUGCAGAGUGUGUGGGGACACGGCCUCAGGCUUCCACUAUGGAGUCCAUGCCUGUGAGGGCUGCAAGGGGUUCUUCCGAAGAACCAUGAGGUUAAAACUGGUGUAUGACCACUGUGAUCUGCAUUGUCGGAUUCACAAAAAGAGCCGGAAUAAAUGCCAGUACUGUCGCUUUCAGAAAUGUCUGCUUGUGGGCAUGUCACACGAUGCCAUCCGCUUCGGCCAGAUGCCCCAGGAGGAGAGAGAGAAGCUGCUGGCUGAGUUUAUGGAUGUGUCCCCCAGGAGCCCAGAGUCAGCGGACUUGAGAGCCUUGUCCAGACAGCUGUGUCUGUCCUAUCACAGACACUUUCCCCUGACCAAGAGCAGGGCCAGAGCCAUCCUGUCUGGGAAGACCCACGGAAACUCACCAUUUGUCAUCCAUGACAUGAAGUCCCUGACAGCGGGUCAGGACUUUAUAAACAGUAGACAGUUCCCUUUCCUGGAGCACCAGAGGUCUGUCCUGCCCCCUCAAGAGCCUGCCGGGGAGCUGGAGCUCUUCUUUUUCCGGCAGGUUCAGUUCCGCACCGCCGAAGCUGUACGAGAAAUCAUAGAGUUUGCCAAGAGUAUCCCUGGGUUGACAGAGCUGGACAUAAAUGACCAGGUGACCCUGCUGAAGUACGGGGUCAUCGAGGUCAUGUUGAUCAUGCUGGCGCCGCUGAUGAACAAGGACGGCACACUGUUCGCCUACGGACAGAUCUUCAUGACCCGGGAGUUCCUCAAGAGUCUGAGGAAGCCCUUCUGUGAGAUGAUGGAGCCAAAGUUUGAGUUUGCGGUAAAAUUAAACGUGCUGGAGCUGGACGAUAGUGAUACAGCGCUCUUCCUCGCUGUCAUCAUCCUCAGUGGAGACCGUCCAGGCCUGGUGAAUGUGAAGCCCAUCGAGGACCUCCAGGAGGCAGUACUGCAGGCCUUGGAGCUGCAGUUGAAGACCAUCCACCCAGACUGCCCCCAGCUGUUUGCCAGGCUGCUGCAGAAGAUGACCGACCUGCAGCCGCUGGUGGCUGACCACAUCCGGCUCAUCCACCUGCUCAAGAAGCAGGAGCGGGAGACUUGUCUGCACCCCCUACUACAGGAAAUCAUGAGGGACCUGUACUAGAGUAGUGGGAGACUCAGUUAUGAAGAAAAGAAUACUACACAGCAGUGGAGGCUGCUGAGGGGAGGACUGCUCUUAAUAAUUGCGCAAAUGGAAUUAAACACAUGGAAACUGCAUUUAACCCAACCCUCUAAAUCAGAGAGGUGCGGAGGG